AUGUUUACGGUGGAGAAUUACACUAUCAGCGGGAAUGUUCUGCAGAACACGGUUGCGAGAUUGAUCGCCCCCGUGCUUGCAAGAACGCUCUUGCAUCAAAAUGGUCGAGGUGUCUACGCACUCUUCCAGCUGCUGGUUGCUUCAUGUGGCGUCGCCACUUGCAACAGAGUCGCGGGCAUCCUCGCCGCGUCCUACGCGAACAGAAAGUUCCAGGCGAUCUACAACAAUAUAGCCGAGGGCAUUGGAAACACCCCUCUGUUGGCAACCAGGCUGGCCGAAAUGUUUGGUUUUCGUGGAGUCGUGUACCUGAAGCUUGAGGCAUGCAACCCUUCUGGCAGCAUCAAGGAUCGUUCAGCUGCGUUCAUGAUACGCCAGGCUGAACUUCGUGGGGAAUUGGUGCCUUUCAGUGGCCAGCACGUGAUUGAGUCUUCGAGUGGAAAUCUGGCUAAAGCAUUGGCCAUGAUUUGCUUUCAGCGGGGCUAUAAUUUCACUGCUGUCUGCGAUAGCUUCGGAGCGAGCAAGAAUAAGAUGGCAGAAGCAUUUGGUGCCAUUGUCCAUGUGGUGGACGGCCCACCGACUGCAGACCAGGUCGACCUUCGUGAAGCACGACGCAGGCAUUGCCGCGGAUUGUGUGCCAAGAGCCCGUCAUCUGUCUACAUCGACCAGUAUUACAACCCAGACAACGAAAUCGCAUAUUUGAAGACCUUGGCUCCUGAGAUUCAUUCUCAGCUCCCAGACCUUGACGUCCUUUCAAUUUGCACCGGCACCGGAGGCACAUCGAGCGGAUGCAGCCAGUACUUCCGGGAGCAGAUCCCUGAGGUCAAGAUCAUUGCGUCCGAGAAGGAAGGGUCCACCAUGUUUGCAGAUGUGAGCGCUCGUGCAAAGUGCGUGGUUCCAGAUGGCACAGGAUACCAUUGCGCUCUACCCAGGGUGAAGAAGGCCCUCCAGAACGGCGAAGUGCACGAAGUCUAUGUCGUUAGAGAGAAGGAUGCGAUGCUGACAAGCGUUUUCGUCUCUCGCGUGACAGGAGCUGCGGUGGGGCCGUCUGCCGGGAACGCCAUCUUCAGCGCCCUCUGUCACAUGGCUUGUGCCCAACGUGAGGGAAGCACUGGUUUCGCAAAGGUUAUUGCGAUUUGCGCGGAUGGUAUGCAGCCGUACAAGGACCAGGUGGACGAGUUCAUGGCGAAGGUCUUCGGUGCCGACCUGACAACAGACGACAUGGGAGACAUUCUGCGCCAGAGGGUCUGCGAGGUGUCCCGGCAAUGCGUCUAUGGAGAAGGUAUGAUCUCACCAACCAGCAUCGCCUUCAAGGAACAGGUGGACGCAUCGCGAGAUCGGUAG